CACCAGUACUUUACUAUACUGUCAAAUCAACCAUAUCAUAGGUCCUUUCAUUAUCAGAGAAUCACCUUUUUGUCGCCUGGAUAACAGACCUCCAGCACUCAAUUCUAGAGAGCUGUCCUCUGAUAGUUGUCGACCUCUUCGCGCUUCAUGACAUUAUUUUUCUAACUGCCUUCAUAUCCUCGGAGUGCAUUAUUCUGUUGAACAACUCUUCGCCAUGGCGACUGUAAAUUUGUCAACCAAUGGUCCUUCGAUAUCGAAGAGCUAUCAGACUGUGGUCAAUGCCACCCUUCCUACCGGUCCUGCAAGCUCACCAACGUAUGCUCAAUGGGCUGUUUUCUCCGUUUCCUCCCCACUUGUCAAUGUUUUCCAGCAAGAUUCCGGAAACAAGGAGAGUGUUUUGAAGGUUCAGAGCAGUGGAGACGGUGAAUUACUUGAUCUUAUUGACGAGUUCUCAGAGGGGAAAGUGCAGUUUGCAUUUGUGAAGGUUCGGGAUCCGAAUACUGGGCUUCCCAAAAACGUCCUCAUCGCAUGGUGUGGAGAAGGUGUGCCUGAACGAACCAAAGGAUACUUUACCAGCCACCUGGCGGCGGUCUCUAAGUUUUUACAUGGCUACCAUGUUCAAAUCACCGCUCGUUCCGAUGGCGAUCUAACCCCUGAAGGAAUCGUACAGAAAGUUGCAGAUUCGUCAGGCUCCAAAUACUCCUCGGCGACCGAGCCCCCUGUGGUAACUGCCACUCCCAAACCCCCAAUCGCAACAAAGCCCGUUUUUACCCCGGUUCGCACUGGUGGUGCCGGGCCAAGCCCGGCACCACGUAUUUCGAGACCUGGAGUUGCUAACAGGGACGUUGACGAUGAUGGAUGGGGGGCUGAUGCACCACCUGUUACCAGGACACAGCUUGAGAAAGUCCAGCCAGCAUACGCGCCUACAAAAGUGAACAUGCAAGAACUUAAAUCCGGGAGACAGGCAACGACGGAAAACAGCGCUGAGCGACCCGCUCAGGAUAGUGGCGAUGUUGUCAAGGGCGGAUAUCAACCAAUUGGCAAAGUGGACAUUGCUGCCAUACGAAGACAAGCACGUGAAUCGGGGGAGCUUAAGGAUGAGCGCCCUGCGCCUGUCAAAGGCGCAUACGAGCCUGUUGGUAAAGUGGAUAUAGCUGCUAUCCGUGCGAGGGCACAGCCGUCAAGUGAUGCUACAGCAUCCGCUGGAGCCAACGCUAGCGAUUUGGCUGACUCUCAAAGGGACAAUGAGCCUGCAGCGACGCUUGCUACAGCGCCUAGUUCCUCUGCGCGCCUGACAAGUCUACCCAAACCAAAAGUAUCGAACAGAGUUGCUGCGAGCCCAGCAUUCACGGGAACAAAGCCACCUGUGCCCACCGAUGCUGUGUCAAACCCACCUGCUGCUGCUGCUUCGCAAGUGGGUAGUGCAAGCAGAACCUUUGCUGAUGAGGGUGGCAAGACACCUUCCCAACUGUGGGCGGAAAGGAAGGCCAAGGCACAGGGUGCCGGUGGUGCGCCAACCGAACAGCAGGGCGGAAAUGUAAACACCGGUAAAGCCUGGCCACCGGUUCAGACUGCACAUACCGGUGCCAGUGAUUCUUAUGAGCAAACUACCGAGUCGGUUGCAGAUAUCGAAACCGACGUGCCCCGCCAGGGCGUCGGUGCUAUUCGAGACCAGUUUGCUUCAAAGCCAAUUGCUUUAGACACGAAGCCCACUGACACACAAAGCACACGACCAGUGCCCAUUCCUAACUUGUCGGCCGGUCCUACGGAAACAGAAGUCGACCACGAACCUGAAACCCACCAAAACAUCCCGAGCCCUCCUCAACAACCUCGAUCGCCAAGUCCCCCAUCUCCGCCAGUGCGUGAGGCUUCGCCAAUCCGCGUUGCCAUGCCUGUGGGACGGGGAGUCUCAGAUGCCCAUGAUGAACAGUACUCACCCCCUCCCGUUUUGCCGUCAGAGAGCCUUCAGCAAGCCGUUCCAGACGAAAGGGACCUUGAAGAUAGUACCCAUGAUAUGGGCCGUGCAGUGGCCGAGACUGCCGCAGGACAUGGCUUGCAAGCUGGUGGUGGUAUUAAAGCCCUUGUGCAAUAUGACUAUGAAAAGGCCGAAGAUAAUGAAAUUGAUCUGAAGGAAGGAGAGUAUGUGACCGAUAUUGAGAUGGUUGAUAAGGAUUGGUGGUUGGGUAUGAACACCCAUGGCGAGAAGGGUCUAUUUCCGAGUAAUUACGUUGAAGCUGUGGAGGACGACCAUCCGGUUGAACCAGCAUCAGAGUCACGGGAAUAUGGGCACGAAGCAGACGUUCCAGCGGCUUCAGCUGACCAGCCCGCCGCUCCCUCAUCAGUGCAGGAUGCAGUGAAGGGACCGACGGCCGCAGCAUUGUACGACUAUGAAGCUGCGGAAGAUAAUGAGUUGAGCUUCCCAGAAAAUGCUGAAAUCACCAAGAUUGAAUUCCCCGACGAUGACUGGUGGCUUGGGGAGUAUGGCGGUAAGAAGGGCCUGUUCCCAGCCAACUAUGUCCAGCUUAACGACAGCUGAAGAUAAAACUCCAAGGUGGUUUUGUGUAAAACAGCAGACUGUUUGCUUUACAGAUUAUAUCCAGUUUGUUAGCUGAACCUACAAUUAUUUUGUUUCAUAUCAAAGGAGAUUUUUUUUUGUAGUGCUUGGGUAUGUAAUUGUGGAUAUUGGUAAUCACGUGA